CCAGGUUUCGGGUUAGCGUUCUUGUGCGAGAAGGAUCCUUUUCCUCGUCCUCCUCCUCCUCGUAACCGGAUCAGCCCUCUAUUGCUCGCUCAAAUCGGGCCGAUCAUGGACAUCAAGUGCUUGAAAGAGUUCCCUCACCACCUCGUGGAAUCCCGCCCCCGGAAGCGCGCGAGGUUAGGGUGGGACGUCGACCCACUCGCCGCCGCCAAGGCCCAUAUAGGUAUGUUAUGUGGGCAAGAAGUUAAUGUGAAGUGCACGGUAUCUUCGGAAGCUACUCUGGACCAUACUUGUUCUUUGAAGUAUGCAAAGGAUUUGCAUCAACAUGCUUCCCCUCCUUGGAGAGAAGAUGACAAAGAUGGACAUUACAAGUUUGAAGUUGGAGAAGAUUUAACCUCUCGCUAUAAAAUUCAUGGCAAAAUGGGUGAAGGUACGUUUGGACAGGUUUUGGAAUGCUGGGAUAGAGAAAGAGAGGAAAUGGUAGCCAUCAAAAUUAUUCGAGGCAUCAAGAAGUAUAGAGAAGCUGCUAUGAUAGAAAUUGAUAUGCUGCAACAGCUUGGGAAGCAUGAUAAGAAUGGAAGUCUUUGUGUGCAAAUACGGAACUGGUUUGACUAUCGUAACCAUAUCUGUAUUGUAUUUGAGAAGCUUGGUCCAAGUUUAUAUGAUUUUCUACGCAAAAACAAUUAUCGCUCAUUUCCAAUCGAUCUAGUCCGCAAGUUUGCCAGACAAUUACUGGAAUGUGUAGCAUUCAUGCAUGAUAUGAGCCUCAUUCACACUGAUUUAAAGCCUGAGAACAUUCUUCUUGUUUCUCCAGAGUACAUCAGAGUACCUGAUUACAAAGUUUCAAUCCGAUCUUCAAAGAAGGGUUCCUUCUUUAAGAGAGUGCCAAAAUCAAGUGCCAUCAAGGUGAUUGAUUUUGGAAGUACAACUUAUGAUCAUGAAGACAAUAACUAUGUGGUCUCGACCAGACAUUAUCGGGCGCCUGAGGUUAUUUUGGGACUUGGAUGGAGCUAUCCCUGUGAUAUUUGGAGCGUCGGUUGUAUACUUGUUGAACUUUGCUCGGGUCAGACAUUAUUUCAGACCCAUGAUGACUUGGAACACUUGGCCAUGAUGGAAAGUGCGCUAGGACCCUUACCCUCAAACAUGCUGAGACUUGCAUACCGACAGAAGUAUAUUCGAAGGGGUCGUUUGAAUUGGCCUGAGGGUGCAACCUCAAGGGAGAGUAUGAAAGCUGUGCUGAAACUUCCUCGGCUGCAGAAUUUGGUGAUGCAGCAUACGGAUAAUUCAGCCGGAGAUUUCAUUAAUCUUUUACAAGGGCUUUUGAGAUAUCACCCUGCAGAUAGAUUAUCUGCUAACGAAGCUCUCUUGCAUCCUUUCUUCACAAGAAUUGACAAGCAGAGGUCCUGGCCAUGCCGCUGAUUCUGUAUUUGGCAACAAGCAGAUAGAGUUGGCACUAACAUUUCCGGGAGGAACAAGAACCAAAUUGGCCACAAUGCCCAAAGUGUUUCCAGUUACUCGGAAGCUUCUGCUAACCUGCAGUUGCAUGUACACUGCACAAUCUCGUCUAUAAAGUAUUGUAUAGUUGUUCUGUUUUGUUUUCUUUGUUGUGAUUAAUGACUAGUUUUCUUCCAAAAGAUAGGCUCCAAAGCUAUGA